GAGAGGAAGCGGGAGGAGAGGCGAGAUUCAGGCUGGGAGAGAAAACAGAAGGGUCCCUGCGCGCGGCGGGCGAUGCGCCUCCUGGCCUUGGCCCUGGCCGCCCUGCUGGCCCAAGCGCCCAGCCCAGAUGUUUGCGAGGCUCUGAAUGUGACAGUCUCGCCAGGACCGACAGUGCGAUACGCCGAGGGAGACAAUGCUACCCUUUAUUGUCACAUUUCUCAAAAGAGACGGACAGACAACUUACUGGCUGUCCGAUGGGUUUUUGCCCUCUCACCCACACAGGAGUAUCUGAUGAUCAAAAUGACUAAAUUUGGGAUUGUCCAGUACUAUGGAAAUUACACCCACCACUUCCACAAGCAAAGACUUCGCCUUUUCCAAGAGAGACAUGGAACAAUGUACAAAUUCCUAAUUCUGAAUCUGCGGCCAACGGAUCAAGGCCAUUAUAUAUGCAAAGUCCAGGAAAUUGGCAAGCACAGGAAUAAGUGGACUGCAUGGUCAAAUGGCACAGCAGCUACUGAAGUAAAAGUGCUUUCAUCGAAAGCUUCAGAAGAUCCCACUUUUGAGAAAACCCAUGAGGCCUGGAAGUUUUUUGAAGACCUGUACGUAUAUGCAGUGUUUGUGUGCUCCAUCGGCAUCAUCAGUGUCCUCCUUUUUACCCUUGUCAUUCUCUGCCAGUCACUGCUGAACAAGAAAAGAUCCAGAGUGAAGCAUUAUCUGGUGAAAAGUCCCCAGAACAGCUCAGGGGAGACGGUCACCAGUGUGACAAGUCUGUCCCCGCUACAACCCAAAAAAGUAAAGAAAAAGAAAGAGAAGGCUGAGCAACCCCCAGCUAUCCCAGCGAAAGCUCCAAUAGCCAAUACUUUUCAGAAACCUAAGCUGUUGAAACCUCAAAGAAAAAUUCUCCUGCCGAAAAUUGCAGAGGAGAAUUUAACGUACGCCGAACUUGAGCUGAUCAAGCCCCAUCAGGCAGCGAAAGGUGUGCCCACCACGACGGUCUACGCCCAGAUCCUGUUUGAGGAGAACAAGCUGUAAAAGCUGGUGUCUGGCAAAUGUUCUUUGGCUGUGUUCUAUUUAAUUCUUGCUGUGCUGUUUAUUUAUAAAAAUCGUACAAAUGUCCUUAUUUUUUUACUUCCAUUCAUGCACUUCUGUAUUUUUAUGAGACUUUUUAAAAAACUGUAGUUGAAAGGAAAUGUAGCAAGCGUAAACUGACAAACCAUUGCCACAGAAUCCCUUUUUGUAGCACUCAGCAGCACCCUGGGUCAUUUGCAAUGUUAUUUCCACUUCCAUGCAAAUCUGAGAUCUGAACACAAAAGAGCCCAGUUUAGAUAGAGAUGGCCAUAGCCAAGCGAGCCCAGAAGCUGCAGUGAUUGAAUCCACUGUAGUAAGCCUGAUGCCCAGGGCAAGAGUCAAGCUGGUGAGGAAUUUUUCUGUGAAAAAUCAGAAAAUGGCAAUUUAUCAAAACCAAAACUUUGCCCGGGAAAGAGUUGGGUUUAAUGAAUUUUUCAAUUAAAAAGAAAAAUUUCUUUUCAAGUUUUGAAAUUGUCAAAACUUUUUAUUUUGAUAUUUUCUAACUAAAAAAUUCCGGUUCAAAACUACUCUUUGUUUUGAAAUUGAAGCUAAUAAUAGUUGAAAAAAUAAAGAAUUAAAGAUGGUCAGCAUUGAAACAAAAUGUUUUGAGAUUAUUGAAACAAACCAUUUCAAUUGACCCAAACCAAUUUCCUGCCCCUUGCCCUCCAUUUGUGAAGAUUUUGACUUAUGCAGAUUUAGGAUGGGAUUUUUGUUUUUAUUUUAUUUUUUUUAAUAUAUAUCUUGAAAAGCAUAGAGAAAGGAAAGCUGAUUCCCAUCCAUGUCUAGGCAAAAAAAAAAACCCUCACCCACCCACUUCACCCUCUACAAAUCUGAACAGACCAGGGCUGGGGAGGUAGGGAGUUGAGCCUAGAGCCCCCUAACAUGUUGUGAGUUGGGCCCAGGAUGUUAAGACAUCUCACUUCUUCCUGCUCUCUGAAUUGCUCAGUAUGGAUCCCCCUUCUCCACCGGCCUUUGGUUUAAAAGAAGGUGCUGAGCCCCAGGGUCUCUCUUUUUCUGAUCUCUGGCAAACACGCACAGCAGAGCGCUCCACCAGGGAGGAGACAUGGGCUGGGAUUUUCAUAAGAACAUGAGAGUGUUAAGUCACAGCACCCAUUGCAGGCCAGGGGGAGUUGGGCUCCCUUCUGCCUCUUUGGGGUCAUGGCCUGUAUGCAACUAGUCUCUGGGUGGGGACACCAAAGCCAAGAUUUUCAAAGUUAGGCCCCUACAUCCACUUUUAGGCUCCCAAGACCUUUGUUUUGGGUGUGCGGAGCCCUCAGCAGCUCUCUCUGACGUCAGCAGGAGCUGCUGGGGGCUCAGCACUUUUGAAAAUCAGGCCCCUUAUUGAGACGCCUACACAUGGACUUCGGAGCUGCACUUUUUGGCCCUUAUUUUUUGAAAAUCUUGACCGGCUUGGCCAAAGCUGCGUCCCCACGGGCUGGUUGGGCCUUUUUGAUGACGUCACAGCCAGGCACCAGUGCCCAACAGUGCACUGCUGGGACCCCACCUUUGAAAUGGUCAGACGCUACCCUGCAGCCAGUGUGCCAAGUGCAGAGGAAGAGGGGAGGACACAGAUAACAAGGUCAGAGGUAUCUGCAGGGAUGGGGCAGCUGUAGGAGGAGAGGGGAGGAAGGGUGACAAGUGAAGGAGAAACACCCCCUUUAGCUCAAAAACUACCCCCUCUGAAGUGCAACACUUCUCACCCCCCUUUACUUCCCAACCCAACCUGGUUGUGAAACCUCUCUCAGGUCCUGUCCCCCCAGAUUCCUAACCCCUGGCCCAGGCUCAGCUACAGCACUUAGCUAGAGUCUCCCAAGGGAAGGUGAGAUGCAGGGUGUGGGUUUGGUUCUAUCCCUGUCCAAUCCGGAUCGGUUCCAACCGGUUAACAUGUACAUUGUAGCUGCUGAAAUCCAGCUACAGGCCAAAGUUCAAGGACUGGGAAUGGGCACUAGCCAUUUUAGAAUGACAGUUUCACAUUGAUGUAGCAUGCGGUAGUUAAUGCAUCAGUUCUGGUAUUGCCUAUGGAUUUAAACAGUCCUUGCCAUUCUGAUCAGACCCCCCCUUCCAUGCAGAUUUAGAAAGGCACCUAAGGGGUUUAGGAUUACAAGUCCCACUGAAAGAAGAUGGUAUUUGAGCUCCAAAAUCCCUUAGUGCUUUUGAAGAUCUCUCCCUUGUAUUCUAAAAUCACUUUCCUCACUAGUUCAUUUUGCUUAAGAAUGUGAGUUGAUAUUUUGUGUUUGGUGGAUUUGGGCAAAAUUGUGCUCUCAGGUGCACACAGACAGAUCACGCCUGAAUUUAUGGCAUGCCUUUUUUUCACUUUGGGCAUUCGUACGCUGCCUAACCAAACUGACCACGUAAGGCACUAUUUUAUUUUAUUUUAGUUUUUCAAAACAACCUAGGAAAUUCCAUGCAAAGAAACUAUGUUAAGAGCAUGCUACUUAAGGUUGCAAAGUCAAGCACUCAAAAAAAAAUAUCAGGAAAUACUAAAGUUGAGGACAUGUAUGCAACUUUAAUACUGAGCUGUUGAAUAUAUAGUAUGUUACUAUACAAUUUUUAAUCACGUAUUAUUUCUGCAGGACCCCACCUCACCCAUUGCACAGCUAGGAUGGCAGAAGUUUUGCAUGUAGAGAGAGCGCAGAUUUGCCUUUUAUGAGAGUUCCCUUGGAAGGGAUUAGUUUUUGUAUAAAUCAGGUUUUUAAGCCUCUUUUUUUAAAUGGGUAUAUAACAUUUUACAUAGUCAACAUAAUUUAUCUUGUAAACAUGGUGUGUAUAAUGCAGUCAUCUGUGUGUUUCCAUCUUAGCUAAAUUGCUUUGAUAAGAGAAAGUGUUAAGAAAAAUUAGGUAAACUUGAUGUAUAAUAUUAAUACCAUAUUCAGCCCCUUUUCAGAACAACCAAUCAUUCUCAAGCUGGCCCCGAUUUCUGUAAGUAGUUUGUUGCUAGUAACUAUUUGAAUGAGUAAUAUUCAGGCUUCUGAGCUGUUGAGAAAAUGUUCAUUUUGCCAUUCAGAGGAUGGUGUUGGCUAUCUAAGAGGGAUGAUAUUUUUUCUGUUCUCUCAUUGGGUGACAUACAUUUUGAAUAUGAGACUAACCAGGGUUAACACCACUCUUCCAGUGGAAUCUUUUAAUCAAUAAUAAUUUGUGCUAAAAUUCAUGAAACAUUCAAGGAUUAUUAUGGACAUUUUUGGAACAUCUGGAUAUCGACUGAAUCCCCCAAUGGGUGAAAUGUACCUUGUACAGAAAUCUGAAGAUAUGCUUUGUCCAUGUGCACACUGGUGAAUUUCACCUUAAUGAAUAAUCUGAUCCCAUAAACAUCAACGUCAUGUGCUUUUAUUUAUGAAAAUAUCCCAAAAUCUGGGUUUUAAACAAUUUUGGUCACAAACGGCUGGACAUUGGGCCCCUUGUUUAGAAAAAAUGCACUAUUCCCUAUUUAAUCUUUGCCCAGUAUUUUAAUGAAUACCUUUGUUCAUGUAUUAAGGUUAUGUGUAGUCUUGUCUAUGUUUGAUAUGUAAUUCCCCAAAUUAACAACAGUUGAUUGAGCUAAAUAAAUUACCUUUUCUUUUUGGUGAGAAGUUCAGUCAGCCUCUGUAGAAUUUUUUGCUUGCUGUAGAAAGGUCAAAUAAUAUUGAGUGUG